UUAAAAAAAGGCCACUAAUUAUGAAAUGACCAUAUUGGUAAUGACUGCUUCUCUUCUAGUGUCCCAAGGCGUUGUGCGCAGGCUAUGUGGGUCUGAUGGACUCUGGGCGAGAGACGACAGUGGGAUGGUGUGGAGGGACAAGAGCCAGUGUGAAGAGGAAAAAGAAGUGGUUUCUCAGGAGCUGUGGUUCGAAAAGCUGAUGGUGAGCUUCAGAAUGUUGUACACUGUGGGCUAUUCCUUGUCCUUGUCCACUCUCUCAUUGGCCCUCAUCAUUCUUCUGAGUUUCAGGAAACUGCACUGCACCAGAAACUACAUCCAUGCCAACCUCUUCGUGUCUUUCAUCCUGCGAGCUGUGGCAGUCAUUGUUAAGGACACAAUGAUGGAUCGCCACUGGGGAAGAGAAAUUUUAAAACAGGCCGACGUGAGGGAGAUGCUCAGCCAUCAGGCUGCAAUUGGAUGCAGGAUAGCGCAGGUGGUGAUGCAGUAUUGUGUCUUAGCCAAUCAUUGUUGGUUCUUUGGAGAGGCAAUUUAUUUGUACUCGGUUCUUAUUUCCUCUGUGUUCAUUGACAACAACAAACACUUGCCCUACGUCUGUCUUUGCUGGGGUACCCCCCUCCUGUUUGUAUUUCCCUGGGUAGUGAUGAAGAUACUGAAAGAAAACAAAGAAUGUUGGGCUGUAAAUGAGAACAUGAACUACUGGUGGAUCAUUCGUUUCCCAGUCCUUUUCUCUUCACUUAUCAACUUUCUGAUUUUCAUGAAGAUCCUGGGGGUCAUAUUUUCCAAACUGAGAGCCAACAAUCAGAGUCGAUACCCAGAUUACAAACUGAGGCAAGUGGGCUUUUUGGUGGCUGUACUCUACUGCUAUGCCAAUAAGGAGGUUAGUGAUUGGCAGCAUCCUUACGUCAACAUAUUCAAGCAUGUCAGGAUUGAAGACUGGAAGAAAGCGGCAAAAGAGGGGGAUGUGUCAGCGUAUACGGACAAGACACUGAGGUGUCCGGUGUUCCGGAUCAAGGGUCCCAUUCCAGCCAACAGCUACAUCCUUAUUCCCAAAAACACAAACCAGUCUCUGGGGCUGACCGGCCGUUUCCUCUACCUUCUGUUCAGACCCACUCCUGGCAAAUACUUUGUGGUCCAUCUUGAUGUCGCUGUGAAGGAAGGCCAGGUGGUCCGCAUCUCCUUUUCCAACAUGUUCAGAGAGUUCAAGUCCACGGCUACAUGGCUUCAAUUUCCUUUCUUGUGUGGAGCUGCAAAAGAUUCCAUUUAUGAAAGCACCUCCAAAUCUGCAAGACACGGUUUGGUGGGCCCUGCUCCCAUGUCAGUGCGCUGGAUCUGUCUGAUGUUGGAUCUGCACUACACCCUAUCUGUCUACCUCAACUGCUGCUGUAGUUACUUGAAGAGUAUUAAACUGUGUGCCAACAUGGCCGUGAAGAACAUUUUUACCAGUGACCUACUGCUAGACCCUGGAGUUUCCUUCAGUGAGGCAAAGCAGAUGGGUCUGACCUCUUCUCGGGGAACAGGUGCCAUGCCCAGAGAGAUGUCAUUCCCUGUGCCGAAGGGAGGCUCCUGGCAUGACCUCUACGAUCACAUCAAGUUUCCUUCAGAGGGUACAAAGUUACCCUUCGACUCCUUCCAGAAAGACAGUAUGCAUCCACAAGCUGAAAUUGUUUCAAAGGGAAGAAGCCCAGUGAGAGAAGAGCCCUGCUGUGUUAACCUCAGCAAACCAGUUAAAGACCGUGUUUCCCUCAUCCAGCAGCUCACCACCCCAAAAACACUCCCAAGGAAUUUCACUCCAGUGGUAUCCAGUAUACCUGACUUGGGCACUGUCACCACUCACCAGAAGGAUUUGUCUCCCUUUGAUGAGUGCCAGCUGCAGGAAUCAGCACACUCCAGCUCACAGCAGCUGUCUUCCAGGUCACCCUGUGACACAGAUGAAGGUGGAGUUCAUGUGUAUGUGCAUCCUGAAGAUGAAUUCAGCUCACAUGGAGAGGAAAGUGUAGAAGAGAAGCUGUUCCCAGAUCCGAUCCUCAGACUCAGUCGAAUCAUCGGGUUUGGAGGAGCCACCACCAGAUAUGCCCUGUGGACCAAAUCAGCCGAUGCAGUGGUGUAUCCGUGUCAUGCAAUUAUCGUCUCCAUGAAAAUAUCUUCAAACCAACAGAGAUUCUUCAUCGGCCACACUGAUAAGGUGUCUGCACUGGCUUUUAAUGGCGACACAACACUGCUGGCUUCAGCACAAACCGGCAAAAAUAGCGCAAUUCGAGUGUGGAACUACAGCAAAGGGAUCUGCCUUUCCACCUUUAGAAUCCACGCACACUCCUUAUCCUGCCUUAGCUUCUCAUAUGGAGGUGGCAUUCUCUGUGGAGUGGGUAAGGACAGCCACAAUAAAACGAUGGUUGUGGUGUGGAACACUCGCAACGUUGUUAAAGGUGGAACUGCAGCCAUCUUAGCCAAAGCACACACAGACGUGGACAUUAGUACCAUGAAGGUGGCCUUCUUUGAUGACACAAGGAUGGUGUCUUGUGGUCGUGACAAUAUUCGUCUUUGGCGAGUGCGAAAUGGGACUCUGCGAUCCUGUCCAGUUAACCUGGGUGAAUACCACUCCCAGGACUUCACUGAUGUGUCCUUUGAGGAGGGAAACUUCUCAGACCAGAACAUUGACGAUCGAACUCUUGUCUUCCCACGGGUAAUACAGGAAUGUAUCUCUAUCCUAGGUCCUGGAAUUGCCAUCAACAGCAUCGGUGUCUCCUCAUCAUUCUGUGCCACAGGCUCUGAGGAUGGCUUCCUGCGACUCUGGCCUCUGGAUUUUUCUGCAGUUUUCCUUGAAGCUGAGCACGAAGGGCCUGUGAGCGUGGUGUCGGUCUCAUUUGACAGCCUUCAGGUGCUAUCUGCCACUUCUUCUGGUAACUUGGGUUUUCUGGAUGUGAGCAGCCGUGGCUACAACACUUUGAUGAGGUCGCACACAGACACGGUGCUUGGCUUCAGUGUGGAUGGUAUUCGUCGACAUCUCACGACAGCUUCCUCUGAUGGCACCGUGCGCAUCUGGAAUAUGGAUUCUCUGCUCCAGCUAUAUGAUUUUGUCUCUGAGGACAGCCCCAGUUCUGUGGCUUUCCAUCCACACGAGCAGACCUUUUCUUGUGGGUUCAGCUCUGGUAUUGUCAGAGUCUUCGAUAUAUCCAGUGCCAAACUUCUGGCUGAGCACAGGCAGCACAGAGGUGAGGUGGUUGGUCUUGCCUUCUCUUUAGAUGGAGAGUUCAUGUACAGUGCUGAUUCACAGGGUUCCCUGGCACUUUAUAACGCCUCAGAGGAAGAUCACCCUGUUAUCAGAGUAGCAUGUAAUGUGGUGGCCUGUGGCACUGAGCGUGCUCCAGAUGCUCUCAAAGUGAGCAGUGACAGCUGCUUUCUGGCCUUUGUUGGUCCCUCAGAAUACAUUGUCACCAUCACUGAUGCUCGCUCUCUGGAUGAGUUGCUACAUGUAGAUGUGAGUAUUUUAGAUGUAGAGAGCCCCCAGCUGGAUACUGCCCUGAAGGUUUGCUUCUCUCCAGUCUCUGCUGAGCACUUGCUUAUCGCCACAUCUGCAAAUAAGAUCCUGUGGCUUAGCACCAAGACCGGCCGUCUGGUCCGAGAGGUGACCAAUGUGCACAAACACCAGUGCUCAUCCCUUGCCGUGAGUGAGGAUUGUCGGUUUUUGCUGACAGCUGGACACAACGCAGUGAAAGUUUGGGAUUAUAGCAUGCAACUCCAAGUUAACUCACAGAUGUUCAUAGGUCACAGUCAGCCCAUUCGCCAGGUCAGCUUCACCCCUGACCAAUUAGGCGUAGUCUCGGUGGGGGAUGCCAUAUUUCUGUGGGAAUUCCUGGCAAAUCCUGUUGAUCCUUUGCGUGAUAGUUGCCCAUCACAAGUAAACCAGACCUCAGAUCCAAAAGCAGGUACUAAAGUGAAUGUAGUACAGCUGUCCAAGGGGAUGCCUCGGCAGACGGCCCCCCUCCCUACCUCGCCGCCACAGCUGGAUGUCAGCACCAAUGACCAAGUUUUGCAGGCAGGCUUGGGUUCCUUGUCUAUUUGUGAAGAUGGCUCGGCAAACCCUACUAAUCAAUUUCAAGAACAUACAGCAGUUCCAAGUCCAGCCUUUGAAAGCAGAGCUGCCGGCACCUUUCUCAAAGUUACAGACCUGGACCAAGCUUCUCCACUGCUUACCAGUCACAGAGAUAAUUAUGAGCUGAGCCAGAACAAGCGCCCAGAUUGUUACAGACAUUUUGUCCCACGUGUCAAGUCCUCCUCUCUUGAUCAGACAGUCGUUACUACUCAGCCAGAAGAAUCGGGCCUGACACUCAAAGCAGUGAUCGGAUAUAAUGGGAAUGGCAGAAGCAACAUGGUGUGGAGUCCUGACCAAGGGUUAUUUGCAUACUCGUGUGGCUGUGUGGUGGUGGUGGAGUACCUUCACACGGGCAGUCAGAGACACUUCAAGGGCCACAGUGAGGAGAUAUCUUGCCUCGCAGUCACAAAUGAUGCACAGACCCUAGUGUCUGCUGCUGGCAGUGGUAACGGGAGCAGAAGCCUCAUCUGCGUCUGGGACGUCCAGAAUGGAACUUGUCGUAGCACUCUCACAUACCACAAAGGGGCAGUGCAGAGUCUCGCUUUUUCCAGGGAUGACCGCUUCUUUCUGUCUGUCGGGGACUUCUCCGAGCCAGGGUUGGCACUUUGGAGCAGCGAGAAAUUUCAGCUGCUCUCCAGCAUUAGUCCAUCAGGACCAAUCCAUGAUACCGCCUUCAGCCCCUCAGCUUCCAGCCAGAUGGCAUGUGUGGGCAGCCAAGGUGUUUAUUUCUGCCUCAUCCACACACUGGGUUCAGAAGUAGACCUCAAGGUCCAAAGGGUGACAGCACCUGCAGAGGUGGGUGAUGUGGAGCUGACUGCUCUGUGCUACCACAUGGAUUCCCUAUUGUUCACGAGCACAAACCGAGGACACGUUUGUGCCUGGGACAUAAACGCCCAACGCUGCUUCAUGAUCUGGGAAGCUGAUGAUGGAGAGAUUGGAAUGCUGCUGUGUCGAGGAAACCGUUUGUUGACAGGCAGCAACACCCACUGGUUACGGCUGUGGGAGGUGAAGGCUCUGCAGAACAUGAAGCCUCAAGACAAAGUCUGUGGUGUAGAAGACAGCCUGACGUCGGUGGUGGUGGAGCAAGAGAUAAUGCUGGAUGGAACAAUAGUCAGUGCAGCAUUCGACUACACGAUGGACAUGGGUAUCGUUGGCACAACAACAGGCACACUGUGGUACAUCAACUGGUCGGAUAACAGCACCAUCCGGUUGGUUAGCGGACACAAAACAAAGGUACGCGAUGUCGUCUUUAGCUUUGAUGAGAGCCACUUUGCCACAUGCAGCGAGGACGGCAGUGUGAGGGUGUGGACAACUUCCAGCUAUGAGCUGCUGGUGCAGUUCCAGGUGCUCAACCAGGCCUGUGGCUGUGUGUGCUGGAGCCCUCCUUCCACCACAGACGACACCCGUUUGGCAGCAGGAUACAGCGACGGGACCCUGAGGAUCUUCCGGCUCGCUUCGACAGAGAUGGAGAUGAAGCUGCACCCCCAUCACGUGGCUGUCACUGCAUUACAAUACUCUGCUAACGGUCGGGCUAUCCUUUCAGCCGGGAACAAUGGCCUGGUAGCUGUCAGCAGCCUAUUAGAUGGAGCAACUCUCAGGAUCAUAAAGGACCACAAAGGAGCAACAAUUACCACAGUCCAGUGUGUGAAUGAACAGUGCAAGAAGUUUGGACUGGAGGGAAAUGAACUGUGGUUGGCUGCCAGUGCUGACAGGCGUGUCAGUGUGUGGGCUGCUGACUGGUCUAAGAAGAAGUGUGAUCUGCUGGACUGGAUGUCAUUUCCUGCUCCUGCCUUUUUUGCGGGGGACAGCCCUCCACCCAGCCUGGCUGCCUUUUUGCCCACAGAUCAUAGCCUGGUGGUCUACACUGGCUACGGCGUGGAGAAAGAACUGUCUUUUUACAGUCUGGCUAAACAACAGAUAAUAAAAAAGAUUGCCCUGCCCCACUGGGCCUCGUGCAUCAGUCUGUCCUCUAACGGUCAGCUCAUUGCUGUGGGAUCAAAAGAGCGGGUGUUGAAGCUGAUCACGUCAACCAACGGCAAAUUUCAAGAUUUCUUGCAGCACAGUGACUCACUGCAGACGUGUCACUUCUCCCCCUCUGGGUCGCUGCUUUUCUCUGUGGCCUAUAAUGAGAUCCUGCUGUGGGAGGUGCGGGGCUUUUGAAGGCCUGCAAUCUAUUUUUGAACAUGUAGCACCGUAGGAUUGUCUGCUGUCACACAUGCCGCAGAAUUAUUUUUUCAUAAUAAUCUUAAAUUGAUUGUUUUCAGAGACGAGUCUGAUUGGAGUUUGUGUAUGUAAUAUUUUAAUUGCACAUGUAUAGUUUUGAAAUAAACCUUUUUUUUAUUAAAUAGGUUGUUUUAAAUGUUGCCAGUUUAUUUUAUUUUAUUUUUCCCAAUGUAAGCUAUAGCAAUGUAAGAUAGAAUUUGGGUGUGGGCUGCAUUUUAACAGGAGUAAAAGGCAGCAUCAACAAUAUGUUUUCAUUCAGCAUUGUCUCACACAGUUUGGAUCUUUUUUUUGCUCAAUCUUUUGAUUAAAAUAAAGGAAGAGUGCUUAGCAGCUCAGACCUCUGCUCAGAAUACUGAAUAUAUAUAUAUCUGUCUCUAAAACCAUUGGUUAAAU